AUGGCGUUUCAGACAAAUGUUUUGAGGGACGGCACGUGGAUAACGGAGAAUGUAAACGUGCACGCCUUUCUAUCUGCUCAAGGUUCCACCAAGACCGAGCCCACGAAACGUUCUUCUCCUACCUGCGGGCUGUUGACAAGGACUAUUGUCGAAAGCCCUGUUGUGCAGUGGAUAUUUCCUGCCCGGCUGAGAUCUGCUGAGCAUAACGAUGUUGCAUUCAUUGGAAUCAAGGAGCUCAGAGGAGACGGACAAUUGCAUGAUGUGGCUCGGAAGACGGACUUCGGAUCUCGUAUACUGAAUGCGAAGGUUCUCGGUUCAUUCUACGAGGACUCAUCUGCAGAUGGAGGCUUCCGAGAUGGAACAAACAACGCCGACGUCUCGUGCUCAGCCUCCCCCUCUCAGGCGCAACUGCAGGGGAGCGAAAAGUCCCCGCUUCCGCUUCCUCCGCAACUACUUGUUCUCGUUCUUGAGUCGGGUGGGCUCGUCUUUCUUUUCCUUCGCCAGCAUGGCGACGGUACCGUCGAGUUCAUAAGCUCGACAGUGGACUCGCCCCGGAAAGACUUGGUCAUUCAUCCCGGGUUCCACUUCGCCAUUGAUCCCAGCUCUAGAUACAUGGUAACUGCUACGAGUGAGGGCCUGUUUGUCGUCUACGAACUGGAGGAUUUUGGCACUCUCAGGCAGCAGUAUCGGAUAGCCGGUUCAAUCCUUAGCCCAGUCACCGCCUACCGCCCCAAAACCGUCAUGGGUGUCAUCCACAAAGUAGAAUUUCUAUUCCCGUCGCCUGGUGAUUUUGAGACAGUUAUCCUUGUCCUGCUCGUGGUUCGGAAUGGAGUGUCGAGGAUGAUCACGUACGAAUGGGUUCUAGGCGACGAUCUAAACUCUGUGCUUUCGGAGGAAGUGGCUGGUUUCAGACUCCCCCCCGAGCACAGGAUGCCUCUACUUUUGAUUCCAUUAACAGUAAAGACAUCAUUCCUUUCCGUUUCCGAGAGCUCCAUCGCAGUGUUCCGAGAUACCUUGCAUGGUUCUUCUAACCCCGAAUUGGUCAAUACCACGACGCGAGAAAAGACGGCCUAUCACCAUGGUUCUGGGAAGCCGCUAUGGACUGCCUGGACCAGACCUUUGCGGAGAAAAGCAUUCUACCAGUCGAAGGAUAACAUCUAUCUUGCACGUGAAGAUGGCAUCAUAUUCUUCUUCGAGAUUGAUUCCGACGAGAUCCUUGAGUCAAGUCUGGACGUCGGAGACUACAGCACAAGUAUUUCCACCGCGUUCGCUACGGUCGCGGAUACUUUUAGUGAUAUACUCAUAUUAGGAGGAAGCUGUGGAGAUGGCUCCAUCUGGGCGCUCCCCGCUCGGGAGCGACCGGAGCAGAUUGGCGUUAUCCCAAAUUGGUCGCCUGUCCUAGAUUUUGCGACCACCGAUGAGUGUUCGGACUGGGACCAAGCGGUUAGUAGCAGCAGUGUUCCAGCCACGCCUGGGAGGGGUCUUGUCGGCCAAACCCAUACACAACACGAUCGCUUGUUUUUGACAUCCUGCUGCGGCAUCAACGGAAGUGUAACCGAGCUUGUUCAUGGCACGAUAGCACACAUUACACUCGAUGUAGAGUACUCCUCUCCACUCAGGCAUGUUUGGGUGUUUCCCGGUCUUCAUACAACUGAGCCUAAGGUCUUCAACGUGCUACUGGGCCUACACAACAGAACCGUAGCUGCGGAGCUUACACUUGGCCUCAGCGACCUCAGAGAACCUAGCCCCUCGGAUCUAUGGUUUGAUCUGUCGUCUAGAACUCUGGCAGCGUCGCAGGGACUCGACCAGGGGAUUUGUCAGGUGACCGAGGCAUCCAUUACCCUCCUCGGGCCUUUGAAAAGGUCACGGCACACGAUAACCCACAUAUUGGGCUCUCCUGACGCGAGAGCAGAGAGCGCAUGUGUCAGAGAUGGCGUCGUCGCCUUCUCGUCCCUUGCGAUGCAGUCUAGCUCUGGUUUCGAGGUUUACCUAGUAGCCUCUAACGACCCUACCAAAAUCCUCAAGCGAUACAGUAUGGAGCAAGAAGUUACUUGUGUGCAGUUAUGCACUGUAGAGGGCAGAGUGUUCUUAAUAGUGGCCGUUUGGCAGCCUACGAGGACUUCACUUCUCCUCUACGCCGUCGAUUCGCCUGACGAGAAGCCGGCACUCACCUUAGAUUUACACUCAGUGUCUGCUCUUGCCGAUAACAUAUUUUUCUGCGUCGGAACAACGAUCCACUGGGAGAUACUCGACGUAGCCGAACGAAAGAUCAGGGAGCAUGCCAAGAUAGAAUUGGUUUCUCCUGCCACGGCCAUGAAUAUUUCGGGCGGCAGACUUUAUGCUUUAACGCAAACGCACUCCCUCGAGGUUGUCAAUCUGGAUCCAGCAGAGGAGAGGCGGCGGGACAACCACGGAGUUGGUGAUAGUCUCAUGGAGCAGCGAACACGGCCGACCAUGCACAUGAUCGACGUUGGUGAUGCUCCCGAUGCCUCCGGGUCAUGGCCCAUCACGUUACUCUCUGACCGAGAGUGCGGCAUCACUGGGGUUUGGAUGCCAAGGGGUGAAGAAAGAGAGGGUGGUGGGAUCCAUGUUGUGUUCGAAGCGGAGCUUCCAGCCUCAGUGAGGAGGUUUCGGCGCGGCCACACGCGACCAACUUUGUGGCGGUCGAGGCUGAGGCAAAAGCAAUACGGGAGAAUUCCAAGCACUCCUGACGAUGCUGACGUGUUGGGCGUGUGCCUGGAUGGCUCGAUACAUCACUUCACAUUGUUAACUAUCGAAGCCUGGAGAUUCCUGAAGCUGGUCCAGAUGGCAGCAACUCGAGAAAUGGACAUUUCCAAGAGACAAAGUGUGGAACUUCUGGAGCCUACGCUGGAUCCUAAAUUGCAGCUCCACGUGAAUGGCGAUGUUCUAUAUUGGUGCUGGCAAAAAAGGGAACUGGAGGCGCUCUUUCGAGGCCGAACGGCGAGUCAGAUUUUCAAGCGAUGCCUUGACGAAUUGGAUGGGGGCCAGUGGACCAGAGGUUUUAAAGAGCAGGGUGCUAGGGAUCACGGUGUGGAGGGUCACACGAUUAUGGAACAAGGGGAUCGGCACAGGAACAAAGUCUCUCCCGGUAUCGGCGAGGACAAGGGCGAGGACAGCGGCGACGACGACAGCGAGGGGAGCGGAGCCAUUGAUUGCGGGACAUCGGAUGAGGAAUUGAAAAAGUACCUGGAGCUCGGCUACGACGUCCUGGACUAUUACAUGAGUCCGGUUCUUUAG